CUGUGCUUGGGGGGGGCACUUUCCGCGCGCAUGCUCUCUUCCAUCCCCGCGGGAGGCCGCUGAGGGCCGCGAUGGAAGCGGCCAAAAUGGCGUCGCCCAAAAGCGCCCCGAAGGACGCGCAGGUGAUGGCCCAGAUCCUGAAAGACACGGGGAUUACAGAAUAUGAGCCACGGGUUAUAAAUCAGAUGUUGGAAUUUGCCUACAGAUACGUGACCACUAUCCUGGAAGAUGCGAAAAUUUACUCCAGUCACGCCAAGAAGUCGAGCGUCGAUGCGGACGACGUGAGGUUAGCUAUCCAGUGCCGGACGGACCAGUCGUUCACUUCCCCACCGCCCCGAGACUUUUUGCUGGACAUUGCAAGGCAGAAAAAUCAAACCCCGUUGCCUUUGAUUAAGCCCUACUCGGGGCCAAGGUUGCCGCCCGACCGAUACUGCCUGACAGCUCCAAAUUACAGGCUGAAGUCUCUGCAGAAAAAGAUCUCGUCCUCUGCUGGUAGGAUCACUGUGCCUCGGCUGAGCGUUGGCGCUGUCACCAGCAGGCCUAGCACACCAACCCUAGGGCCUCCGUCGGCGCAGACGGUAUCCGUUUCUACCAAAGUCGGGACUCCCGUCUCGCUGACCGGACAGAGGUUCACCGUCCAGAUCCCCACCUCUCAAACAUCUGUAAAAUCCGCCGCCCCAGCCACCCCCACCGUCCAGAAUGUCUUGAUUAACCCCUCCCUCAUCGGCUCGAAGAACAUCCUCAUCGCCACCAACAUGGUCUCCUCGCAGAGCGUGGCCGGCGACCCCAACGUCUUGAAGCGCAAACACGAGGAAGAGGAGGACUACGACACCUUAUGAGUUCCAUGGGGCUCAGCCGCCCCCCCCACCCCUCCCCAUUGCUCUCCUUCCAUCUUGUGCCCGGUCUGGUACCAAAUGACACCCCAAUCUUAAAAUGCCCACCUCGGGUUGGGUCCUUUCUCGCCCCCCACUCCUCUCUCAUUCCUCCCCCACCCCCCAAAUUAACUUAUUCUCCGGGGUCCCUGAGCUGUUUGCAGGCAGCAGAGCUGAGAGGGUGUGUGUGUGAGUUGGCGGAGGGGUCUCUCGAAGGAGGAACUCAAGCCAUCCAGCCUCUCCCCCCCUCUUUGUAAAAAGACACUCUGAUUGGAGGAAGGCAGAUAAAACUCUCGUUUAUCAGUCUCGUUUAGCUCGGAAGGGAAGGAACUUGGAGGACGGGGGGGGUUGUCGGGUUCACACAAUGGGGUGUCUUUCUCUUUUGAGGUCCCCCUCCGGUUGCGGCAAACCCGCUUAUUAUCCCCAGCGUUCGUUUUAAGUCCUCCGUCAUCUGGCCAAGACUGCGAUGAGAAAGGAAAGGAAAAAAAAAAUAAAUGGAUUUUUUUUCCCCUUGGUUUUCCCCGAAGGGGACAACCACACCCUGGUGUGUGCCACAAAAUAAUCUACCAAGUUUUGUUGUGUUGGUAUCGGGAGAACGGGGCCCCGGCGUUUGUGUUGGUGCAGGGUUGUCGAUUUGCACCGCCGUUCUUUCUGGUGUUAAAGAAUCCGGCUGCAAAAAAAUUCGCAUCCCUCCCUCCUGUCCACCCAUUAAAAAGGACCGUUUCUCUUUCUUUUGAGAGCUGUAUUUAUAAAUUAAACAUUUUUUUUUCCCAUGAGGAAUAACAGAG